AUGGUCCGACAGGAAAUACUGUGCAGAACAUCGGGAAAUCAAGUGGGCGAAAACCUCACACGGUUUUGCAAAAUUCGCAUGGAGGUCCUAGACGAUCACCUUGACGAUGGACUCUCCGAUGUCAGAACUUCUCACAAAGCAUACCGGGUCCUAGUUUCUGUGUCCAGUGAGACAGCCUCGUACGUCAACAUACUCCAAAGGGGCGUUGUAGACUGUCACGCUGUUGUCGUAGGUGUGCGAACGAUCGAAGAUGUGUCGAUUUCUUUCACUCAUAAGGACAUUGGCUGA